AUGCCCCCUCAAUCCCUCGCUAGCCCCGUUGGCCUGUCGGUGGCGGAUACCGUCAGUCUCUGGAAAAAACGCUUCGACAAGAGGCAUCUGUCCCCCAAUCCCGUCAUUGCGACCCUCGACAUCGAAUACAAUGAAUUGGCCCAGUCAUGGAAACGCUUCCAGGAAAACCUGCUGCCGACCGACCAGGUCCAUUUCUCGGAACGCCUGCAGGGGCCCGAAGAUGUCUUGAAUCUUAUCGCCACCAUCAACCCGGUCUGGCCUUCCAGCGCUGGACAACUGGAGUCCAGGGACCAUUACGACUACUUUCGAUCCACCCUGGGCGCCCAUGCCGACUUCUUGAAGGCCCUUCCGAAAAACGACCUCUACCGCUCCAUCUUCUACGGCGUCCUGCAGUCUCUUCUCAAGGCAUCCGCAGGCUAUCCGAGGCUCAUGGGAGGCUUGAUCAACGCGCUCGCCCAAAUCAACAAGUCCGUUUAUUCGUCCGCACCGGAUCAACUACAAUUCUCAAGAGACUCAAUCAACUCAAUUGCGCGUUUCUACGCACUCGUAUUUUUCUUCCUCGGGGAGUGGAUGGAUUGGUAUGUGAGGAAGGCCAGGUGUGGACUGCUCAAGAGUCCGAAGCACGACCCGUAUGGAGUUUUCCAAAAUCUCGUUAGCAAUAUCCAACGCAGCGCGAAAUAUAUGAUGUGCGCCCUGGGCGACGGCAUGGAUCUGGACGGCGCCGAAUGUGACAGCUUGUGCGAGAUGACGGCCGAUCGGUACUUGCAUCUCUUCGAACAGGCCCGACUCAGCCAGGUGGGCCAGCAACGGAUGGACCGCCGAUUCGCCGCGCAGAAUGCCCUCACACGCCAGUUGCUCUGGGAAAUCCAUCACGACGUGGCAGAACGCGACAGGCUCGUAGAGGAGAGAGAUGUGCUUCUGACGAAGCUGCUCGACGCCGCGAGCAAACAGCUACGCUCGGUGCCCCAGCAGAACAGUGGUAUUGCCUGUUUGACUACCAUUGCUUCACAGGAAUCAGGUAGGGAAGCCAGGUUCGCAUGGUCCGAACUGCUUGAGGAGCUAACAGUAAACGCGUUGCAAGGCACAGACAGGUUUAACCUGAUUGGUGAGGGGCACAAGCACAAGUACACGCGCGUGGAACUACAGCUUGCGUCCCGGCAUCUUGAAGAUUUCUUUGAUUGUGGCGAUCAAAUGCCCGAUCUUGAAGCCGACGUGCCGGUGGAGGCGGAAUACAAUGUGAUGACCUCGUUGAAGCAAUGGGCGACGGACGCGCACUCGCAGGUGCUCGCCGUCGGAGGCCCUCCCAGCACGGCAUACCCCAGUCCAGUGCUUCUUGUGUCGACGUGCUACGCCAACCAGGCUCGCGAGGCUCGACUGCCGGUCGUGUCACACUUCUGCAACCGCUCCACCGACCGAGGGAAGGAAUGGACGUUCGAGCAACACCUCAUCGCCCUUGCGUACAGUCUGAUCCGCCAGCUGAUAGAAUAUCUGCCCCCGGUCGUCGAAAGCCACCCCGGCUGCGAUAUGAGCCCGGAGCGAUUCAAGCCGCUGAACGGCACGCUCACGUCAUGGAAGGAGGUGCUGUCGCUGAUCGAUAUAAUGCUUUACUUCGCCCCGCCGCUUUUGGUCUGCGUGAUCCACGGGUUGGACGUCAUCCAAGAUGCAUCGACCGACGCGCACAUCCGCGAAUUGCUGGACAGGAUCCUCAGACACACCCGUCACCCGACCAUGUUGAUGCCGGAUGGCGGGGAGAGCCGGAGCGUGUUGCUCAAGGUCCUGUUCACCGUCGCUGGCCGACCGAGCGCGCUGGUGGAGACGCUGGCGAAGACGUCACAGAGCCAGCUGAUUCUGAGGGAAUCGAACCAGACGGACGAGCCCGCGGCGGCCGAAUCGGCACUGAGCCCCGACGUGGGGGUUGUCAUGAUGAAUGCAUAA